AACUUAUUCCAGGUUUCAAAUGAUGAAAGUGUUGACGUCCGUACUAACGUGUGUCGUGCUUUAGUGAUGUUGUUAGAAGUCAGAGCUAACGAUAUGAUGCCACACAUGAAUGCCAUCAUUGAAUAUAUGUUAGUACAUACGACUGAUAAUGAUGAAAAUGUUGCCAUCGAAGCUUGUGAGUUUUGGCUCACAAUAGCAGAAAUCACUGACAUUUGUAAAGUAUCACUACAACCUUACUUGGGAAGGUUAAUACCAAUAUUGCUUAAAGGGAUGAGAUACUCAGACUCGGACAUUGCUUGUUUAAAACCAGACGUUGCCGAUUCCAAUGUCCCUGAUAAAGCCUCCGAAGUCCGCCCGUUUAUAGUCCGUGGGAAGAACCAUAUGGCAGACGGCACUGAUGAUGACGAAGAAGACGAGGAAUUUAGAGAAGAAGUACUGUCAGACUGGAAUUUAAGAAAAUGUAGUGCUGCUGCUCUCGACGUCCUCUCAAACGUCUUCCACGAUCUCUUACUCCCCGUCCUCCUUCCUCAUUUAAAGGCCGCCUUCAAUUCAAGCGAUUGGUUAGAGAAAGAGUCAGCCAUUUUAGCUCUCGGGGCUGUCGCUGAAGGCUGCAUGGACGGAAUGUCGCCUCAUCUAACGGAGAUACUGCCUUACCUAAUUCUUUGUCUGUCAGAUACAAAGGCUCUCGUGAGAUCUAUUACUUGUUGGACUCUCUCCCGCUAUUCCUCCUGGGUGGUCAAACAGUCCCACGAGUCUUAUCUCAGGCCACUCAUGUCGGAGCUCUUAAAGCGUAUAUUAGAUUCAAAUAAAAGAGUCCAAGAAGCUGCCUGCAGUGCUUUUGCUACACUAGAAGAGGAAGCCUGUACUGAGCUCGUACCCUAUCUCUCCGAUAUCCUUCAAGUACUCGUGUUUGCUUUUUCCAAGUAUCAGGCAAAGAACCUUCUCAUAUUGUACGAUGCUAUCGGUACAUUAGCCGAUUCUGUUGGUAGCUGUCUGAACAAUCAGGCUUAUAUUGAUCUCCUAAUGCCCCCUAUGCUACAGAAGUGGUACUCCUUAAGUGACGAUGAUAAGAACCUCUUCCCUUUGCUUGAGUGUCUCUCAUCAGUCGCCACGGCCCUACAGAGUGGGUUCCUACCUUACUGCGAGCCGAUAUUCAGACGCUGUCUAAGCCUCAUCGAACAAACCCUUCACAUGGUCAAAGCCUCGCAGAUGAACCCAGAGUUCUUUACGACUACGCCAGAGAAGGACUUCAUGAUAGUGUCCCUGGAUCUCCUCAGUGGCCUCGUGGAGGGUAUUGGUGCUAAUAUUGAGCCUUAUGUGUCAGGCAGUAACAUAAUGAGCCUCUUGUUCGAGUGUAUGCAAGAUCCAUUGCAUGACGUGAGGCAAAGCUCGUUCGCUUUGUUAGGCGAUCUCACUAAAGCUUGUUUCCAGCAUGUGGAGCCUUGUGUUGAUAAUUUCAUGAAAGUCUUGAGUCAGAACCUCAACCCUGAGUUCCUCUCUGUCUGCAACAACUCAACGUGGGCCAUCGGAGAAGUAUCGAUGAAACUCCGAGCGAACAUGAAGCAGUACCUUCACCUCAUUCUCUUCAGACUUAUAGAGAACAUCAAUAGACCCAUCACGCCGAAAACCCUAUUGGAGAACUCCGCUAUCACUCUCGGGCGACUCGGCUACGUCUGCCCGGCCGAAGUCGCCCCUUAUCUGAAUCAGUUUAUCAGGAUUUGGUGUACGUCGCUUCGAAACGUGAGAGAUAACGAAGAGAAGGAUUCGGCAUUUCGUGGCAUGUGUGCGAUGAUUUCGCUCAAUCCUCAAGGCGUUGCGCAGGAAUUCAUGUUUUUUUGUGACGCCGUCGCUUCCUGGACCGAGCCCAAGGAUGAUCUCAAGGAAGGGUUCUUCAAGAUAUUCAAUGGGUUUAAGACUAAUGUUGGUGACAAUACGUGGCAAGAAUUUGUUAGCCAGUUUCCGUUGUCUCUGAGGGAAAAACUGGCUAAAAUAUACCCAGUAUUUUGAGAGAAAAAAAAAAGCUAAAAUAAUAAUUGCUAAUGAAUAUGAUCAUCACCUUUAUUGAAUUAUCAGUUUAUCUUUAUUAUGAGUUGUUAUUAUUAUUUUUCAUUAUUAGUAAUGUUUUAUUUAUAUAAAGCUGCUGUCUGAUAUCUCAGUCAUCAACUUGUAGCCAUCUCCUCCCGUUAUUUUUUUCUCAUUAUUUUUUGAGAAUUUUUAUUUUGAUUGUCUGUGACUUGGGCAUGCAACUCCGCCAUUGGUGGGUGUGGUCACUAGUGUUGGGCGUGUCCAUUACUGGUGGGUGUGGUCCAAGUUCUAUUGACAGUCAUAGUUGUUUAUUAUUAGGAUAUUAUUAUUAUUUAUUGCAGAUAUCUUUUGCAAUAGUUUAUAUUCUGACUUAUUAUUUGAAGAAUUUCCUCUUAUUUUGGCAAUUUGCGCCAUUCUUUUAUUUAUUGGACGACGGUAAUUUAUUAUUAUUAUUUAUUAUUUCAUUUAUUAAUUUUAUUAUCAUUUUUAUUAUUCUUAUUGUUGUUAUUAUUGUUAUCAUAAUUAUUUGUUAUUAUUUUCAUAUUAUUUGUUUUUUAUUAUUGUGAGAUGAUUUUAUUAUGAUUUGUACCUGUUAAUUAUUGUUAUUAUUAUUAUUAAAUUUAUUGUUGAGUACACUAAAGUGAUUUGAUUUUGCAUUCAAAUUCAAUCACUGUAUUAAGAACUUUUGUGUAAUAUAGAAUUUAUGGGAA